CACUGAAUGGAACAAAUGGUUAUGAGAUAUGUUGGAGAACAUGUCAUGCGGACUCUCUUGCUCUUGGUGGUAUGGACCGAUUUGGGUUGUUUCUCGGGUUUUCCGAACAGCUUGGAAAUCUAAAUAGAUUUGUUCUAGUAGAGAUUCUCGUUAUCGGCGGUGGUUUCUAUUUCAGAUUAAAUUCAAAGUUGAGUAUGGUAAUUCUGGUUGUUGAUAUGGACGCUCCAGUUAUUGAUGUUUUGAAUUUGAGACUAUGGUAUGUGUUUGGUUUUUCUGAGUUUUGGUGGUUAAGGAAAUGGUUAAGUAAUUGUUUUCAAGAAUUUUGUCUGGCUAGUAGUAUGAGAUCCUUUUGGAUGCUCGUGUUGGAAAAAUGUGGAGAGGGAGCUCGGGCAAAAGUACACAGGAAUCUAAUAAGGUUAAUCUAUGAUAUGGAUAUGAUAGGUGUCCUCAUGUAUUUUAAAAUUUGCUUUUCAGUGGCCCACUUCCUCAAUUUUUGGAGUUAUACGAUUUUUGUAAAAGGUACAAAAAUUGUCAGGAGAUGGGUAUGGCAGUGUCUAAAUAUAGUUUUAAAAGAAUGCAGAUAUUAAGCUGGAAUUGUAGAGGUAUGGGGAGUAAUUAUGCCAUUAAUUAUUUAAGAGAAAUUUGGCACAAACACAAACCGGCGUUUCUCUUUCUUUCAGAGACAAAGCAACAGUUUGAUUUUGUCCAGAAGUUUCAAUUCCAUUUUGGAUAUAAAUAUUUACACACGGUCGAUCCGGUUGGGAGGAGUGGUGGUUUAGCUCUUUAUCAUAGUUAUGAUUCCCCGGUGGAUAUAAUAUAUUCGAGCAAUAGAAUUAUAGACAUCGAAACGAGUUAUAAAGGGAAAAGGAUAUAUAUUUCUUUUGUAUAUGGAGAUCCUGUACAAGGUCUAAGGGAUCAAGUUUGGGAACGUCUUACACGGAUUGGUAUAACUAGAACAGAACCAUGGUUUGUGAUUGGGGACUUGAAUGAGAUCACUGGUAAUCAUGAAAAAGAAGGAGGAGCGUUAAGGCAUGCAUCCACUUUUGUACAAUUUAAUAAUAUGAUUGAAAAUUGUGGUCUUCUGGAGUUUCCAUCCUUGGGAAAUACUAUGUCUUGGAGUGGGAAAAGGCAAGAUCAUACGGUUCGAUGUAGAUUAGAUCGAGCUUUAGGUAAUACGGAGUGGCAUAAUUUGUUUCCAACUUCAUAUGUGGAAUAUUUGGGGAUGAUUGGUUCGGAUCAUCGACCCAUAGUUGCAAAUUUAGAUGAGAAACAAAUUAAGACACACAGACAAUUUAGGUUUGAUAAGAGGUGGAUUGGGAUGGAGGGACUUAUGGAAUCUAUCUCAACGGGAUGGGCAUUAAGGAACCAGAGGAAUACUACGAGGGUAGUUGAUAAGAUUAGUAACUGCAGGCAUGAGAUUUCGGUUUGGAGGAAAAAUAAUCCCCCAUAUGGAAAGGAAAAAAUAAAUACUCUCCAGAAGGCUUUGGAGGAUAUUCAGUGUGAUAAUACAAAAACUUAUGAAGAGGUACUAGAGGUCUCUAGGAAGCUAAAAGAAGCAUAUAGAGAUGAGGAAUUAUUCUGGGAACAAAAAUGUAGGACGAACUGGCAUGCCAAAGGGGAUCGCAAUACAAAGUUCUAUCAUGCUCUAACGAAGCAAAGACGGAUCCAAAAUAAGAUUGUGGGAUUACAUGAUAGUGCUGGCAAUUGGGUUACAUCGGAAGCAGAGGUGGAAGGGGUUGCGCUAGAUUAUUUUAAUGAUCUUUUCUCAACCUCUUUGCCAUCAGGUUGUGAAGAAUUUUUACAAGAGGUACCAACGCUGAUUACUGAUGAUCAGAACCGAUUCCUAACUUCCUGGGCAUCGGAAGAAGAAGUACGAUCGGCUUUAUUUUUAAUGCAUCCGGAGAAAGCUCCAGGUCCGGACGGAAUGACGGCCUUAUUUUUUCAACAAUCAUGGUCAAUUAUUAAAACAGAUAUUACCGAUAUGGUUAAUGAAUUUUUUAGGACGGGAUCCUUGGAUGAGCGGUUAAAUAUGACCAAUAUCUGUCUUAUUCCAAAAACGGCAAGGCCGAGUAGAAUGACGGAACUUCGACCUAUUAGUUUAUGUAAUGUGGGUUACAAAAUUAUUGCAAAGGUGAUUUGUCAGCGGCUGAAAGGGUUAUUGCCAAAUUUAAUCUCUGAAACACAAUCAGCUUUUGUGUCUGGGCGGCUGAUCUCAGAUAAUAUCCUGAUUGCUCAGGAGAUGUUUCAUGGGUUGAGAACGAACAAAUCAUGCAAGGAGAAGUUCGUAGCUAUAAAGACGGACAUGAGUAAGGCCUAUGAUAGGGUUGAAUGGCCUUUUAUUGAGGCGAUGUUACUAAAAUUGGGCUUUGCCCAGCGUUGGGUAUCUAGAAUUAUGGCUUGCGUUUCUUCAGUCCAAUAUAAGGUUCUGAUUAAUGGCCAGCCAAAAGGACACAUUGUCCCAAACAGAGGAUUAAGGCAAGGGGAUCCAUUAUCACCUUAUUUAUUCAUCUUGUGUACUGAGGCACUAAUUUCAAAUAUUAGGAAAAAGGAAGAAGCGAAACUAUUAACAGGCCUGAAAAUUGCGCGUGGUAGUCCGGCAAUUUCACACUUACUGUUUGCAGACGAUAGUCUUUUUUUCUGCAAAGCUAAUAGGCAAGAAUGUGGGGUUAUAUUACAGAUUUUGAAAGAUUAUGAGAGAGCAUCGGGGCAGCAAAUAAAUUUUGCGAAAUCGUCACUUCAGUUCGGACAUAAGGUUCCUGAUCUUGCACGAAUGGAGGUCCAACAGGUUUUGGGUAUCACCACAAUAGGAGGAAUGGGAACUUACCUAGGAAUCCCUGAAAGUUUGGGUGGAUCAAAGACUCAAAUUUUUGGUUUUCUGCAUGAAAGAGUAAAUAAUAAAGUUAAUAAUUGGACAAUUCGGUUUAUUACAAAGGGGGGAAAGGAAGUUUUAAUUAAAUCGGUGGCAUCACCUAUGCCAACUCAUGUGAUGUCUUGUUUUCGUUUACCCAAAACGGUUACCAAGAAACUAACGAGUGUGGUUUCUCAUUUUUGGUGGAGUGGCAGUGGAAAUAAGAAAGGGCUACACUGGUUUUCGUGGGACAAAAUGUGCAUAGAUAAGAAGGAGGGUGGCAUUGGCUUUAGAGAUAUUCAAAACUUCAAUACAGCUUUAUUAGCUAAACAGUUAUGGAGGCUAAUUGACAAACCUGAAUCUCUCUUUGCAAAGGUUUUUAAAGGACGUUAUUAUAGGAAAUCAGAUCCAAUGGAUCCUAUACGUUCAUAUUCUCCCUCUUAUGGGUGGAGAAGUAUUACUUCAGCUAGAUCUCUGGUUAAAAAAGGGCUAAUCAAAAGAGUGGGAACAGGUUCAAGCAUCUCAGUAUGGAAUGAUCCCUGGAUCCCCGCUCAACGCCCGAGGUCAGCAAUUCAAAAACUUCAGAAUCAAUAUUUGAAUCCAUUACUUAAAGUGGAGGAUUUAAUUAAUCCAGUAGAUCUCUCUUGGAAUCUAGAUUUACUCAAUGCAUAUGUUCACAAGGAUGAUGUAAGUAUUAUACGGAGUUUAGCUAUUAGCCGAAAUCCAAAACCGGACUCAUAUGGAUGGUUGUUUACGGAUCAUGGCAGAUAUACUGUUAAAUCGGGAUACCGGACGGAAAUUCUAUAUCCUGAUUUAGGAUCUCGACACAGUGAUAUGGGCCCCAAUGUUAAACCUUUGUUAGCUCAUGCGUGGAAACUUCAAUGCUCGCCAAAAUUACAACAUUUUGUGUGGCAAAUAAUCUCUGGUAGUCUACCAGUUACAAAGAACCUUCGUUUCCGAGGGAUCAAAUGUGAUUUACAAUGUCAUAUAUGUGGUGCAGAAGAAGAAUCGAUUAAUCAUGUGCUUUUUGAAUGUCCCAUUGCGCGCCAAACAUGGGCUUUAUCUAAUAUUCCUUCACGUCCGGGAGUUUUCCCUACCCAAUCUCUUUUUACCAAUAUGGAUUAUUUAUUUUGGCGGUUACCAAAGGAACCAGAUUUAACAUAUUUCCCAUGGAUAUUGUGGUAUAUUUGGAAAAACCGUAAUGCUAAGAUUUUUAAUAAUAAAAUUGGAAGUCCUCCUCAAUUUCUUCGGACUGCGGAGAUAGAAGGCACUUUAUGGGCUGAGGCACAGAUUAAAGAGGGUAUAAACAGGGGGUCUUCUUUUGGUGGGAGUCCUAAUUUACAAGGGGUAAACCGAUGUUAUGUUGAUGGUGCAUGGAAGGAACAAGAUCCUUUUACAGGGCAAGGAUGGUUCUACAGAAACGAAAGAUCCACUGAUACUAUGAUGGGUGCAAUGUCUAUUCGCAGGAGUCUAUCACCUUUACACGCAGAAUGUGAAGCUUUGAUAUGGGCGAUGGAGUGCAUGAAGACCCUACAUAUCUCAGAGGUGGUGUUUGCAACAGACUGCUCACAGUUGGUGAAGAUGGUGUCUACUCCAACAGAAUGGCUGGCGUUCACUACUCACAUGGAAGAGUUUCUACGAUGUAAGGAAUACUUCUCUACUUUCACUAUCCAGCAUAUUCCAAGGGCACAAAACACGAUGGCGGAUAAGAUAGCACGAGGUGCUAGGACUCAGCCUUCUGCUAUGGUUUAUGUUGACUCCGUUCCUCCGAGAUGGUUCUCGGCUCAGGAAUCUACUUAGUUUAGCUUUGCUUCUUUGUUGAAAAAAAAAAAAAAAAAAAGCUUUACAAAGAGUAAGUCUCGUUGAUUAAAAAAAAAAGAGAAAGUCUCAACAGUCUUGAUUCACAAUCAAAACCAAUAUCUGUGCUGAGACUUCUGUGUCGAUUACAAAGAGAGUAUAUUUUUGGCUGGGACUGCUAGAUAUGUUCAGUUGUCCUAAUCGUUGUGUCCAGUACAAUUCUAGGGUUGCUGAGGGUGCUAGAUAUGCCCAAUUGUCUUCGAAGUCAAUUUGUCCUUAAUCCAUAAUACAAAGACUAAGGACAAAUUGCCUUCGAAAACCAAAAAUUUUCUCAGAAACAAAUUCCUAACAAAGGGAGACUACUAGCACAACAACUAAAACAAACAAGCAGAGGUUGGAACCAAACCUAACAUUUGAUCAACAAAAAAACAAACAGAAGAUGAUGGUCAAACUGAAACAUCAAAGCAAAUAAACACCUUGAGAGCCGUUGACAGAAAAUCACCAAAUUUCGAAGAUGACUAACUCCUACAGUGAAUAGCACAUGAAAAUUACAGAGAAGAUAGUUUUAAUAACCAGCAAUAAAGACUGGAAGGGCGAAAUCAACAAAGAAGUGAUAUGGGAAUGUCAAAAAGAAGCCAUAUGAGAAGCGAGAUUCCGAUCAGAUCUCAAAGAAUAAUAGAAGGAGCGAGUUGAUAUCCGAACAGAUCUACUCACAAGGAUGAGACUAGAAUUUGAUCGAAACUAGAAUGGAUCCAAAGAAACAUACAAGGCCAUGACGAGGCUAGACAUCCAACGAAGAACCACCAAGAUGAUGAUUGCGUCUUGUAAUUAAACCUAACAGUGAUUAAAACUGUGCUAACUAAAAAUGGUUUAUGUUAGCUAAUUUUGCAUGUGCCAUGUCAACAUGUAUUCAGAGUUUAAUCACAUGUGGAAAUUAAUCACAUUUGACACAUCAAUACAUCUCAUCGUAGCCAUGUUAUAUUUUAGAAAUGAUCAAAUUAUAAUGCUUUUAUGUAAACGUAUUUUUAAUUAAUAGUACGAUGCUAAUUUAUUUUGUCUAAAUUAAAACUACAACUGUAUUAGCUUAGUCAUACUUUAUAUGAAAACAUGAAAAGUUUUAUAUGAAUAUUUUAUUUCUUGGGAUAUAUGAUUUAGCUUCCAGGCAUGUGUCGCCUUUCUAUUAGGAAAUAGUCCAGAAAGUUGGAUAUAUAUAGCUGUCGUAUGAAUGAUGAUUUUGAUAAUACAUAUUGAUCUUAAGUAAAAUAAUGAAAUUAACAUUUUGGUUCUAUGUGGGUGGCCAUACAUACAGCUGCGGCUCGAGAGUGUCCUCAAGAUCCUCCUGUAAUACAGAUUGGUCUUCUUGCUCAUUUGACUUCUAUUAUCCUUUUUAUAUGUCAAACUUCUAAUUUCUCAACUAAUUCAUCACUUAACAAUUAACAUAAACCCAUAUUGACAUGACUAUGAUGAUAUGUAUUGAUGUAUUGCAUUGAUGAUCAAUCAUGACAUCAUGUAUUCAUUUUAGUAGUGUAACAAAGUGGAAUUUUUUUACCAAAACAAAGUGGAAUUAAUUUGACGGCAUGAAACCAUACGUGUCGGAACAGAACAAAACGACAGAAGUUAGUGAAAGAAUCGAUAGAAGUCAAGGCAAUUUAAAUAUUUCAUGUUUCAUUACUUAAUUAUUUAGUAGAAAAUAAAUAAAAGGAAAUGAUAUAGAUCGAUCGAAUGCAUAUUAUUAGCAGCCUUCCACUGAAGAUGAUGCCAACUAAAUACAUACGUGCUUUACUUUGAGGCCAGCUCAUAUCUCAUCUCUAAGUGGUGAACAGAGGUCGAAAUUAUAAGUUUGCGUAAAGGGAGGGAGCAUUGUAGUUGUAGCUAAUCUCAGACCCCACCUUGGUAUCCAAUGGCAGCCAAGAAAGGGAGGAAUAAAACUGGAUCCGAUCCGGAGCUCCAUGUUAGCUGGAGUGCAGCCCUCAGGUUUUCCAAGUACAAGGAAACACGAAACAAGCGGUGUUCACUUGCAAGUUCGCCACGAGGAGUUGCAUAUCGUCGGACAAGGAACAACAGUCCAAAGAGAGAUAAGGUUGGUCCACAACGGUUCAUGACCUCUCCGGCUCACCGGUAGCGAUGGCUUCCAUGGUCACACCAUUCGUUCCAUCUCCAGGUUCGAACCGCGUGACGCGAUCAAGUCCCGGCGCGUGGCUUAUUCUCCGACCCGACGGUUGCACGUGGAAGCCGUGGGGACGACUAGAGGCAUGGCGUGAAACUGGUUACUCCGACGAACUCGGUUACCGCUUCGAGCUCUUCCAUGACGGAGUCGCCACCGAGGUCUACGCAUCGUCGUCUAUCAGUUUGAAAAAUGGCGGGAGUUUCGUUAUCGACGUUACCGUUGGGACAAACACGGCGGUCUCUACGCCGACAACGAGUCCUCAGGGAAGCUGUGAUCUCGGAUCCGGAUCUAGCGCCGGGUCGAGACCAUGAUCAGGAUCCUGGUCGGAGUUCGGAUAUCUACUGCCGCAGCACCCGGCGCAAAAGAGAGGGGUUUGUUAUGUUGGCUUCGGUGGAAGGAGUUGGGAAACGGAGAAAACCGGAGGUGGAAGUUGGUGCGACGCACGUGACAUGCACGGAGGAUGCAGCAGCGCACGUGGCGCUAGCUGCGGCGGUAGAUCUCAGUUUGGACGCUUGCAAGCUGUUUUCUCAUAAGCUAAGGAAGGAGUAGACAGCAAAGCCAGCUUGGUGUCGUUUGACGUAUAUUGCUUUGUCGUUUUACCGAUUCAUGAUGUCUUUUAGAAAAUGUUUAUUAAUUUAGGACUUUAGCCAACCAAUUAAAAUUGUUUGUAUAUUUCAUGUACAGCUAAAAUGACAGUAACAGCUUCUUAUC